AUGCAGUUCUCUACCGUCGUCGUUGCCGCCCUUGCCGCCGUGGCGUCCGCCAGCCCUGCCGUCAAGCGCCAGGCAGCGUGCCCCGAGGUGGACCAGAUUCCCAAGUGCGGUUACGACUGCAUCGUCAACGCCGCCGCCGACCUCGGCUGCCAGGCCGACAACUACAAGUGCAUGUGCGACCAGUUCGACGCCCUCCGGUCCGGCGCGGCCACGUGCGUCCUCAGCAACUGCGGGCUCGAUGGUGCCCUCGAGGUCAUCUCUGCCGCUGAGGCCGUCUGUGCAGCUUGCGCUUGA